AAGGCGUGUUGUAUAUCUUCCAGAUUGUCGCAAAUUAGCGGUAGAUCCAAUGGAAUACAUUAAAUCAGCUUUAUUUCUCACCUACGUGGAUGAUGAUGCGAAAACAAGCGAAACUAAUGCCUGUGAAGAUUUUGAUCAAAUUAUUAAAUUUAGCAGAUCAUUAGACGAAACGUUAUAUUUUAUCGUAGAUCAAAUGAACGCUCUGGACGAUUUAUUGCAUCUUAAGCAAAAACAGACUAUUGAAAAGAAAAUUACGCUUUAUGGAAGAUUCGAUGAGCAUAAUUCUGAUUUGCCAACAAUGAAUAAUUGGCAAAAAGGUCAAAUUGAAGACAUAACCGGCAAAAUUCCGCUUUUCUUAAACGGUUUGCUAGAAUUUGGUCGCAAAAAUUUUGAAGAGGCGCUGGGCUACUUAGAUCAACAAUUAAUACCAAAAAUAAAGGAGCCGAUGACGAACUUUUCAGACAAUAUACCAGAAGGAAGGCAGGAAUUUCACGUCAAAUUGAUGACAUCAUUUCUGACAAAAGGAUAUCCUCCAAGUGGUUAUGGAGUUAGUGAUUUUGAUCAUCGUUUUUUUACAUUAAAAAUGAAAUAUGUUUGUGGGGUGUCACGGGAUUGCAUGGCUAAUUAUCUCUAUGAAAAGAAGCGAACGGAAGUAUUCACAGAUAUAAAGCGGAUCAGUUGCAUAGAGAAAUUCAAAAACAACCCAUCGGUUAAAGGAUUUUUUGUGGAAAAAACGUGUAUUAAUAGUAUUUUUAAGAAUGGAAUCAUGGCGAAUCGUGUAACUUUUAAACCUAACGAUAUAGAAUUUUUGUGUUGA